AUGGUAGUUCGCCGUAAGAAAACGACAAUUCAUUUAAAUGCGAAAGAAACGAUCAGUGUUUUGGAGGUGAAACGAAUGAUAGAAGGUAUACUCAAGGUGCCACCGGAAAAUCAAAUGCUUUUGAAGCACCUCACGGAAAUGGAGGAUGAUAAGACUUUGGGAUACUAUAAUCUUAAUGGACAAACAGCGCGCGCACAUACUCCUGCCUCACUGGGGUUGUGCCUACGUGAUCCAGGUAUGGAUGAGCCAGAGGCGUUUAAUUAUUUGUUUGCAAACAAAUAUCAUAGUCCUUCUCUGGUUCCGUCAUUCCGAUUGUCUAUUAUUCCAAUCCACGGUGCUUAA